GUCCUGCUAUCAGCCGUUCUUUCUGUAUACUGGGGCCCCCGCUGGCUGUGGCCCCCGGACUGCAUUUGUUAAUUUCUGGAUUUUGGUAAUAAGAGUUGUCGUGUGGCUCCAGUACAAGGGGUCUGAAGUACUAGAAGCCUCCAGUUCAUCCAGUUUUCUCCUGAAUGACCCACCAAAGAUGGACAGGAAGGAGAUCAGCAGAAGAAUAUUAGACUUCACCUUGGAGAUCAUCUCCCUGCUGAGCGGAGAGGAUUACACAAUAGUGAAGAAGACAUCAGGGGGGAAUCCCAACAUCAGUGAGUUAGGAGGGUGGAGCAGAACCCCAAUUACAGAACUUCCCCCCCUGAUACAUGAGCAUAAGAUCCUCGAACUCGCCCACAAGAUGGUGGAACUGCUGACUGGAGAGGUUCCUGUAAGGUGUCAGGAUGUGGCUGUCUAUUUCUCCACGGAGGAAUGGAAGUAUUUAGAAGGACAUGAGGACCUGUACAAGGAUGCCAUGAUGGAGGACCCCCGGACUCUGACGUCACAAUAUGGACCCAGGAGGAGAAGUCCCCCCGAGAGAUGUCACCGUCCUCUGUAUUCCCAGGACUGUCCAGAGGAGAAGCUCCCAGAGAACCAUCAGGAUGAAAAUCUGAUUGAUAUUAAAAUUAAGAUUUUAGAUGAAGAGGAAAAGGAGACGGAUUUAUGGGGCGAUCAGCAGUAUGGAUCCAGGAGGAGAAAUCCAGCAGAGGGAUGUCCUCGUCCUCUGUAUUCCCAGGACUGUCCAGAAGAGACUGACAAUGUUCAGGGGGAAGAUCUGAAUAUAAUUACAGUGGAUUUUGAAGCAGAAGAAGAGCGGAUGAUGGGCGAUCCUCCGCGUAAGAGUGAGGUGGAGGAGGACCUUCCAGUCCAUGUGACCACAGGAAACCCCAGUAAGAACUGUGAGAGGAACCUCAUGUUUCCACUAAACUAUAGAGCAGGAGGUGAAGAUAUCAAGCAGCACUCUUCGGGAGGAAACCUCGUUAGACUUAACAUACAUUCAGGACCUCACGGAACAGAUGUGUCAUGUAAUCUGUUUAAUCAGAAGAAACCUCCCGAACGAUCACAGGUUUUUACCACAAAUACAGGGCAGAAAGGAGGUAAAAAGUUUCAGUGUGAUGAGUGUGGAAGACAGUUUAACAAGCACUCAGGUCUUUUUUCACAUACAAGAACUCACACAGGAGAGAAGCCAUUUCCAUGUUCAGAUUGUGGAAAAUGUUUUAAGCUGAAAUCAGAUCUUGUUAAACAUCAGAGAAUUCACACAGGAGAAAGACCAUAUUCAUGUUCAGUAUGUGGGAAAUGUUUUACUAUUAGAUCAAAUCUUGUUACACAUGAGAGAAUUCACACAGGCGAGAAGCCAUAUUCUUGUCCUCAGUGUGGGAAAUGUUUUGCCCGGAGCACAGUUCUUGUUAAACAUCAGCAAACUCACACAGGAGAGAAACCACAUCCGUGUUCAGUAUGUGGCAGAUGUUUUACAGAUAGAUCUAAUCUUGUUAAGCAUCAGCGAAUUCACACAGGAGAGAAGCCAUAUUCCUGUUCAGAUUGUGGAAGAUGUUUCAUGCUGAAAUCAGAACUUGUUAGACAUCACAUAAAUCACACUGGAGAGAACCCAUAUUCAUGUUCGGUAUGUGGGAAAUGUUUUACAGAUAAAUCAGAGCUUGUUACACAUCAGAGAAGUCACACAGGAGAGAUGGCAUUUUGACAUUAUUAAUGUGAGGAAUGUUUUAAAAGUAAAAUCAAUUUAGAAACUCAUCAGAGAAUUCACACAGAGAAGAAACCAUAUUCUUGCUUGGAGUGUGGGACAUGGUAUAAGAUGAAAAGGUUUUGUAGCAUAUCAUUAAUCAGCCGAUACGAGGGUUUAUUUCUUGUGUGGAAUCGGCCUGGAUCUGCCAAACACUCAAAUAAUGUUUAUGUGAGGGCAGCUGUGCCGGGGUCCAUGGAGGAGACAUGUUGUGGACAUGAGGAAGACAAGUAGAGCCUGGUCAGAGCAUUGGCACUGAAUUGUCCUUUUUUUUAUCUGAUAUUCUGGUUAUAUAAAGAUAUCACCUAUCCACAGGAUACAGGAUUACUAUUAGAUCUGUGGGGGUCCUGCCACUGGGACCUCCACUGAGUACAAGAAUGGGGGCCCUGUACCCCGUGGUGCCCCCCAGAAUGAAUUGCUGCUCCAAUUCAUUUUUAUGGGAGUUGUGGAGAUAGCCGAGUACAGUGCGCUCCAUCUCUGGACCUCCGAUAGAAAUGAAUGGACUGGCAGUGCAAAAGCCCAACUGGCUGCUUUGUUCAUUUUGGGGAGCACCACAGGGUAGAGGCCCCUGUUCUCCUAGUCGGUGGGGCUCCCAGAGGUAGGCCUCCUGUGGAUAGAGGAUAGGUGUAUAUAAGGUUACUUUCACACUGGCGUUUUGGCUUUCCGUUUGUGAGAUCCAUUCAGGGCUCUCACAAGCGUCCAAAACGGAUCAGUUU